AUGGGGUUGAUUUCGGGGAUUCUGAUGGGGAUGGUCUUCGGGAUUGCAUUGAUGGCCGGGUGGCUUCACAUGAUGAGGUACCGAAGCACCAAGCGAGUCGCUAAGGCAGUUGACAUAAAACUCCUUGGAUCACUAAACAGAGACGAUUUGAAGAAAAUAUGCGGGGACAAUUUUCCUGAAUGGAUAUCUUUCCCCGUCUUUGAACAGGUGAAAUGGUUGAAUAAGCAACUGACCAAAUUGUGGCCAUAUGUUGCAGAUGCUGCAGAAAUGGUGAUAAAAGAUUCUGUUGAGCCACUAUUGGAAGCAUACCGGCCUCCCGGAAUUACUUCAUUGAAGUUCAGCAAACUAUCUCUUGGUACUGUGGCACCCAAAAUUGAAGGCAUUCGUGUUCAAAGCCUCAAGAAAGGUCAAAUUACAAUGGACAUUGAUUUUCGCUGGGGUGGUGAUCCAAACAUCGUAUUAGGUGUUGAAGCUGCACUCGUUGCCUCAAUUCCCAUUCAGCUUAAGGAUCUUCAAGUUUUUACUGUUGUUCGUGUUAUUUUCCAACUUGCUGAAGAGAUCCCUUGUGUAUCUGCAGUGGUUGUUGCUCUACUUGCAGAGCCGAAGCCUAGAAUUGAUUAUACUCUGAAGGCUGUUGGCGGAAGCUUGACAGCCCUCCCUGGAAUUUCAGAUAUGAUUGAUGAUACUGUGGAAUCAAUUGUCACAGACAUGCUCCAGUGGCCACAUAGAAUUGUUGUUCCAAUCGGUGGUGUGCCUGUUGACACAAGCGAAUUGGAGCUUAAACCUCAAGGAAAGCUCACCUUGACAGUAGUGAGAGCAAAUGACUUAAAGAACAUGGAAAUGAUUGGAAAAUCUGACCCUUACGUUGUUGUCUACAUUCGUCCAUUAUUCAAGGUUAAGACUAAGGUCAUUGAUAACAAUCUGAAUCCUGUUUGGGAUCAAACGUUCGAGUUGAUUGCAGAAGACAAGGAGACUCAAUCACUUAUUCUUGAGGUUUUUGAUAAGGACAUCGGGCAAGACAAGCGAUUGGGAGUGACAAAAUUACCUUUGAUUGACCUGGAAGCAGAAACUGUGAAAGAGCUUGAACUGAGAUUGCAGCCGUCACUUAACAUGCUAAAAAUAAAAGAAAAGAAGGAUAGAGGAACUAUUACAAUCAAGGUCUUUUACCAUGAAUUUAACAAGGAAGAGCAGUUGAUUUCUUUAGAGGAAGAGAAGAGGAUCUUAGAAGAAAGAAAGCAACUGAAAGAAGCAGGAGUUAUAGGCAGCACAAUGGAUGCACUUGAUGGAGCAGCUUCAGUGGUUGGAUCUGGUGUUGGAUUGGUGGGUACUGGCCUUGGUGCUGGUGCUGGGCUCGUGGGAAGUGGCGUUACCGCUGGAGCUGGGCUUGUGGGAAGUGGCGUUACUGCUGGAGCUGGGCUUGUGGGGACUGGCGUUAAUUCUGGGGUUGGAAUGGUCGGGAGUGGCCUCGGAGCUGUUGGUAGUGGCCUGAGCAAAGCCGGGAAGUUCAUGGGUAGGACCAUCACUGGGCAAUCGAGUCAUUCAAGGAGAAGAAGUGGGUCUACAACUCCAGUGGGUAGUGUCCAAGAAAAUGGUGGUGCAAAGCCACGGUAA